AUGAGUCUGCCCGACUGUGUAAUCAGUCUAGUGGCGCUUCUGCAGUCGGAAGCGGUUGACACGGAAGCUCAAGAAUGUUGUCGUCGCAGGCAUUAUAAUGAUCGCCCGCGACACGUUGUAGAAAUAUGCCAAAUGUUGACAACGUAUGCGUCAGAGGUUUUCCUCAAACACCUUGACGCCAGCAAGGCGGUGAAAAGUAUGAGCAAAUGGGUGGACGCGUGCAGUUGUCGAUUCUUUUCGAAUUGGGAGCUGCCGUGUGUCCAUAUAGUAAACUGCAUGGCUGCGAAAGGAGUUGAUCCCCAGGUCGUUGUGAGGGGCUGUCGGUGGUUGACUACCAGCCAACAGUUAGAUGUCCGUGAGUCUAUUGAGGAUCCGGACUUACAAGCAAUUACUAGUUCUUUAGCAGACGCGGUUUCAGAGGACACAGUGCCUGUAUUCACUGAGGAAUACAAGGUCAGGGAAGUAAUGAAGCUUCUAAAUCCUGUUAUUGCAAAACUCGUGAGUAGUGAUCGAAGGCGAUUUGACAAAUUGCUUCGUAAAGUAGACGCGUUCAUCGACGAAAUUAAUGAUUGUACCUCAUCUGAUUCCGAAGAUGAAUCGCCCUCGUACUCUCUAGAGGCAGGAAAAGGAGUGAACAUCGGCGCGGGUCCUUCGCGCGUGGACGAUAUGUUCUGUGCACAUGGAUUUGGAGAUGACCAGCCCGGUGCAUCCAUAUUCCGAAGGAAUAAAAAGCGACGGUUGUCUGGCGGUUAUUCUGAUGAAGAAAGCCGUCUUUAG